CUGUGAAAAAACUGAACCAUUGCAGUGAACGGAGUUGUCGCCACUCUCUCUCUCUAGUACUCUAGGACGGGGCGGAGCGCGGCGUGUACACAAGAGGCACAAAGUAGAGAUAAUAAAAACAUCCUGCCACAAUAACGGACAGGAUCAUUACUAUAUCACGAUUUGGUGUGAAGCUAGAGGCGAGCAGUCUGUUGAAAAGCCAUGGACGAAGUGACAGGCGCCGAGCUAAUAGCGGAGUCUCUGAAGACUCAGAAAGUUGAAUACAUGUUCGGGAUAGUUGGUGUUCCUAUCAUUGAAGUGGCCAUGGCUGCUCAGGCUGCUGGGAUCAAAUACGUAGGGAUGCGCAACGAACAGGCGGCGUGCUAUGCAGCCUCUGCCAUUGGAUACAUUACUGGGAGACCAGGUGCCUGCCUGGUGGUGUCUGGACCUGGACUCAUUCAUGCUCUGGGUGGGAUGGCCAACGCAAACAUGAACUGCUGGCCAGUGAUUGUUAUUGGAGGGUCCUCAGAUCGAAACCAGGAAACAGCAGGAGCCUUUCAGGAGUUUCCUCAGGUAGAGGCAUGCCGCCUGUACAGCAAGUUUUCUGCAAGACCCAGCUGUCUAGAAGCCAUCCCCUCAGUCAUAGAGAAGGCCGUCCGCACAAGCAUAUAUGGACGUCCAGGUGCUUGUUACGUGGAUAUUGCAGGGGACAUGGUCAAUGCCAAAGUGGACAGGAUCAAAGUCCGAGACGUGCCAUGCUGUCCCCCUCCACCAGUGAGUUUGGCUGACCACAGUGCAGUCACAAAGGCCAUUUCUGUCCUCAAAGCAGCCAAGACACCUUUGGUAAUCAUUGGCAAAGGAGCAGCUUAUGGCAAAGCAGAGACUGUGCUGAGGCAGUUUGUGGAAAUGAGCGGCCUGCCGUUCCUGCCCACCCCGAUGGGGAAAGGAGUCCUACCUGAUGAUCAUCCCAACUGUGUGGCUGCCGCCCGCUCAAGAGCCCUUCUUGAGGCUGAUGUUGUGCUUCUCCUUGGAGCCAGACUCAACUGGAUCCUACAUUUUGGUCUGCCACCCAGAUUUAACCCCAAAGUUAAGAUCAUCCAGGUCGACCUGUGUGCUGAGGAGAUGGGUAACAAUCUGAGGCCAGCUGUUGCUCUUCUGGGAGACAUCAGCGCUAUCGUCAAUCAGCUCCUGAUGUGUGUCCAGAAAGACGGCUGGAAAUAUCCCUCUAAUACGGAGUGGUGGGGCGUGCUGCAGAAGAAGAUGGCUGCCAAUGCACAAAUGUCAAGAUCGCUUGCUCUUAAGACAACUUUGCCCAUGAACUACUACACAGUGUUUCAUCACAUUUCUCAACUGCUGCCACAUGACUGCGUCAUUGUCAGCGAGGGGGCCAACACAAUGGACAUUGGGCGUACGAUGCUGAAUAAUUACCUGCCUCGACACAGGUUGGAUGCGGGCACCUUUGGAACAAUGGGAGUAGGCCUUGGGUUUGCAAUAGCAGCAGCUGCUGUGGAGAAGAGCUGCAACGAAGGAAAAAGGGUCGUGUGUGUGGAAGGAGACAGUGCAUUCGGAUUUUCUGGCAUGGAAGUUGAGACCAUGUGCAGAUACAACCUGCCUGUGAUCAUUAUUGUGGUUAAUAACAAUGGGAUAUACAGUGGAAUGGAUGCUGAGACAUGGAAAGAAAUGGCAACAAUGGGAGAUCUGACCUCUCUAGCCCCUGUUGCCUGCCUGUUACCCGACGCCCGUUACGAUGAGGUCAUGACAGCAUUUGGAGGUCGAGGGUUUCUGGUGAGGACGGUGGAGGAGCUGCGCAGCGCCUUAGAGCUCAGCCUGAGUGACUGGGAAAGACCCAGUCUCCUCAACGUGCUUAUUGAUCCUUCAUCAGACAGAAAACAACAGGAGUUUCCUUGGCUCACGCGCUCCAACCUCUAGACCCGGAGCUCCGCUCAGAGCAAAUCCAAGCAGCAAUGACAGCUUUCUUCAAGAAUCUGGAAAUCAUAAGGGUGCCUUCGUUAUUUUGCUGAUUCUUUCUGUGAAUUAACAAAUUAUACUACAAUUUUACUACAUGAUAAUAUGCCACAGUAAAACAUUUUUAUAAAAUAUACAAUGAAUGCUAAUUUUAUAUUAAAUCAAUCAUUUUUGCCUAAAAAAGGACUGUAACAGUUUGUUUGUAUGAU